GCUUGAGUCUUGAGACAAUGACCCGGCCCAACUUCUUGAGUUUAUCUUAUCUCCAGUGAUUGAUGAUCAUUCAACUAUAUGUUUGCUCCACUUGUUCUCUUCUUCAGUCUGAGCUCUUCAGGCGCCGUAGGAGAGCAAUGUCUGGAGCAGAGCAAAGCAACAGAUGGAGCCUUAAGGGCAAGAACGCACUUGUAACCGGUGGAACCAAAGGAAUUGGGCAUGCUGUAAUAGAGGAACUUGCAGUGUUUGGAGCAGUAAGACAUACUUGUGCCAGAGAUGAAUCUCAGCUUAAUGAGUGUUUAAGCAAAUGGAAAAAGAAGGGAUUCCAAGUCACUGGUUCAGUCUGUGACGCAUCUCUGAGAACAGAGAGAGAGAGCCUAAUGCAGACUGUGUCUUCAAUGUUUGGUGGCAAGCUCGAUAUUCUCAUAAACAAUGUGGGAGCGAUUCGGUCAAAGCCGACGGUGGAUUGUACAGCAGAGGAUUUCUCGUUCCAUAUUUCGACCAACUUAGAAUCUGCUUAUCAUCUGAGCCAGCUUGCACAUCCUCUGCUUAAGACUUCAGGGUGUGGGAACAUUGUGUUGAUGUCUUCUAUUGCUGGAGUUGUAUCCCAUAAACUGGGUCUUGAAACAUUUUAUGUGUGUGUGUGUAUGACAUUGGGGGCGAUGAAUCAGCUAGCAAGGAAUCUGGCAUGCGAGUGGGCUAGUGAUGGCAUUAGGGCUAAUGCUGUGGCUCCUGCAGUCAUUGCAACUCCUCUAGCUGCAGCUGUGUUUGAUGAUGAGGUCAAGAAGAUGGUGGUAUCUAGAAAGCCAUUGGGGCGUUUCGGGGAGCCAGAAGAAGUAGCCUCGGUCGUGGCUUUUCUAUGUAUGCCUGCAGCUUCGUACAUAACUGGUCAGACCAUUUGUGUAGAUGGAGGUCUCUCUGUCAAUGGCUUCUCGUACCAGCCACAAGUUUAAAUCCAAUGUCCAAAAACUAAAACCAAAAAAAAAAAAAAACUCGAACUUUAUUAAUAAGUUUCAUUUAGUGUCGAGACUUGGCACGUUAUCUUUUGCGAAAUCAUAUGUGUGAAGUUGCUUGUCUGAAUUAUUCUAUCGUAUUA